AUGUCGCUUUGGGUUCCAGCACCUCCCCCACCAUCCAAGCUCGGCCGCUACAGGGUAUUGUCCCCCAACUGUGGUCUCCAUGUCUCGCCGCUCCAACUCGGCGCGAUGAGUAUUGGUGACAAGUGGGAAGCUUACGGAAUGGGGGCCAUGAACAAAGAGGCCAGCUUCAAACUCCUAGAUGCGUACUACGAGAAGGGUGGCAACUUCAUCGACACCGCGAACAACUACCAGGAUGAAUCCUCGGAAGAGAUCAUUGGCGAGUGGAUGGAGUCGCGAGGGAACCGAGACGAAAUUGUUGUUGCAACAAAGUACACCACUGGCUACAAGCGCGCCGAUCCCAACACCAAAAUCAAAAUCAACUUUGCCGGCAACAACGUCAAGAGUAUGCACCUUAGUGUUGAAGCCAGUUUGAAGAAACUCCGCACGUCAUACAUUGAUAUCUUCUACCUUCACUGGUGGGACUACGAGACCUCUAUCGAGGAGGCUAUGACUGCUCUGCACAACCUUGUCAUCCAAGGCAAGGUCCUGUACCUCGGCAUAUCCGAUACACCGGCUUGGGUCGUCUCCCGUGCUAACCAGUUCGCCCGCGACCACGGAAAAACACCUUUCUCCAUCUACCAAGGAGCCUGGAACGUGAUGGAGCGAUCCUUUGAGCGCGAUAUCAUUCCUAUGGCCCGCGCUGAAGGGCUAGCAUUAGCUCCAUGGAAUGUCCUUGCCGCCGGCAAACUACGUACGGACGCGGAAGAACAGCGCCGGCGGGAGACCGGAGAGAAAGGUCGUAUGUUGGUUGGCCCUAACUGGGAGAGGUCUCCAGAUGAGGUCAAGAUGUCUCGAGCACUCGAGAAGGUUGCCAAGGAGGUCGGCGCGAAACACAUCACAUCUGUCGCUAUUGCCUACUUGAUGCACAAGACGCCAUACGUAUUCCCAAUUAUUGGUGGCCGUAAAGUUGAACACUUCUAUGCCAACAUGGAAGCACUCGACAUCACCAUCAGCGACGAGCAAAUCAAGGAGCUCGAAAGUGUCAUUCCUUUCGACCCGGGCUUCCCUAACACCAUGGUCGGCGAUGGUGCCGAGUUCCCGAUCUUCUUCAAGAAUGCCGGCCUCAUCGAUAAACAACCUCGCGUCCAGCCUAUCAGGCCCGGAAAGGAGUAG